AUGCUCACUCGGGUUAAAUCUGCGGUGGCCAAUUUCAUGGGAGGCGUUGUGGCUGGUGGCGCCGAAGGUGACUCUUCCGGAUCAGAACUGCCGCUGAAAUUCCCCUACACGAGACCCGAGUUCCUAGGACUGACCCAGGAUGAAAUCGAAUGCUCCGCAGAUCACAUAGGGCGGCCGAUUCUCAUCCUCAAAGAGACGAAGAGAUUGCCGUGGGCCACUGGUUACGCAGAGGUGAUAAACGCAGGUAAGAGUUCCCUGAAUGAGGACCAGGCGUGUUGUGAGGUGGUGGUGGUGAGAAAGAGACCAGGAGACUCCACCACCCCCAUUAAGACCCCCACCGCCAAGAGAAGAUCCUCGCUGCCCAACGGAGAAGGCCUGGGGUUGAAGGAGAACAGCGACUCAGAGAGUCUGGUAUUCUACUACUGGGCAUUGUUCGACGGCCACGCCGGCUCCGGGGCUGCAGUAGCGGCCUCCAAGCUCCUCCAACACCACAUCGUUGAGCAUCUCCAGUCUGUCCUCGAGGUCCUAAGGAACCAUGCCGUUUUACCGCCCACCAUCUUCGGUGAAGAGUCUAACCACCACAUGACCCCCGGGAUCCACCGGGCCACCCUGACCCGGGCCGCGUCACUCCGUGGAGCCACUGGCGCCCCCAGCACCCCCUGCACCCCUCCACCACAGAGGUUCUUCACAGAGAAGAAGAUCCAGCACGAUAGCCUGGUGAUGGGAGCCAUGGAGAACGCCUUCAAGGAGAUGGAUGCCCAGAUAGAGAGGGAGAAGCAUGUGUAUAAUAUCACUGGAGGAUGCACAGCACUGUGUGUUGUUUAUCUGCUUGGAAAGCUAUAUGUGGGAAACGCAGGAGACAGCAGGGCGAUCAUUAUAAGGGACGGGAAGGUCAUACCCAUGUCCACAGAGUUCACUCCAGAGUCAGAGAGACAACGGCUACAGUUCCUGGGCUUCAUGCAGCCUCACCUAUUGGGAGGAGAGUUCACCCAUCUGGAGUUCCCCAGGAGAGUACAGAGGAAGGAGGUGGGCAAGAGGAUGCUCUACAGAGACUUCACAAUGAAUGGAUGGGCGUAUAAAACCAUAGAAGAUGAGGACCUGAGGUUCCCACUGGUCUACGGCAAAGGGAAAAAGGCCAGAGUAAUGGCCACUAUAGGAGUGACCAGAGGCCUUGGUGACCAUGAUCUUAAAGUCCACGAUUCCAACAUCUACAUCAAGCCUUUCCUGUCCUGCUGUCCAGAGGUGACGGUGUACAACCUAAACCAAUACGAGCACGGUGCUGACGACGUCCUGGUGAUGGGAACAGAUGGCCUUUGGGACGUCCUGUCCAACAAGGAAGUCAACGAAUCAGUCUCCACCUUCUUGGCCAACUGUGACCCCGACGACUUAUACAGGUACACGAUGGCUGCUCAGGAUCUGGUGAUGAGAGCGCGAGGAGUACUGAAGGACCGAGGCUGGCGGAUCACUAAUGAACGGCUGGGAUCUGGAGACGACAUCUCCUGUUACAUCAUCCCUCUGAUGUACGGAAACCGCCAGCCCUAG